CGUUAGCACAUUCAACUACUCACAGGUGUGACAGCACAACACACAGCACCUGCCUGCUACCUGCCCAGGCUAGCUGAGGGCUGCUCUGUGUUGGCUUUAGCACUUUUAAUCCCAAUCACUCCAAAUGAUUUGCGAUUGAAUCCAAAAGUUAGAGGAUAUUCACACUUUGACUUUUGCCUCAUUCUAUCAUAAUACAGAAAACAUCAUAUUUGUUUAGGAAUAUAGAUGUUCUAUAUGAUCAGGAACUUAUUUGGACCUAUUGAGAACAAAAAAUGAACAAAUGAACCCAAAGUGUGUCUUGUAUGAGAAGCAUGCUCUCGGUGAACAUCCUGGAGAGUCCAGGAUAACUGCUGAGCCUGGCUGAACCUGCCCACCUCUCCUCCUAUUCCCCUAUUCCCUCGACCUUAACACUCUGGGAAGAUGGUGCCUCACCCAGGGAAUGGGUAUUUAAGCAGAGCGAGGGGAGAGAGCGGACCAGACCAGCCUCAGUGGAUCAUGGUGGUGUGGGGCUCCGGCUGGCUGGGUCCUUCCAGACCCCGGCGCUGCGUCCGUCACACGCUCAGCCUGCUGCUCCUCGCCCUGGCCGCCGCCGCCGCCACCGCCGCCGCCGCGCUCCCGCUCUGCAGCGGGAGCAGCCCUGGGAACGCCAUCGGCUCUGGGGCCGCCAUCGUCUCUGGGAACGGGAGCGGCUCUGGGGGCAGGAGCGGCUCUGGGAGCGGGAGCGGCUCUGGGAGCGGGAGCGGCUCUGGGAGCGGGAGCGGUUCCCGCCGGCUGCUCAUCGGGUUCCAGGCGCCCUGGAACGUGUCGUUCCCGUUCAGCGCGCUGCGUCUGGGCGCGGCGCUACAGAUGGCGGUGGAGAAGGUGAACGCCAACCCCUCGUUCCUGGGGAACUACAGCCUGGACCUGGUGGUCAGCGACUCGGACUGCGACCCCAAGGCCUCCCUGUCGGGGUUCAUCCACCAGGUGUGGCGGCAGAACGUCACAGCGCUGUUCGGCCCCGCCUGCCCCGAGGCCGCAGAGGUCACCGGCCUCAUCGCCUCCACCUGGAACAUCCCCAUGUUCGGCUACGUGGGCCAGACGUCCAAGAUGGACGACAGCCAGAUCUACGACUCCUACAUCAAGAUCAUCCCUCCUCUAAAACGGAGCGCCGAGGUGCUGGUGAAGACCCUGCACUUCUUCGGCUGGAAACACGUGGCCAUGAUCGGGGGGGGGCUGGAGUCCAACACCUGGGACCGCGUGGACGCCCUGUGGAAGACGGUGGAGGACCCCCUGAGGGCGGGCUUCACGCUCACCGCCUGCCUCAAGUUCGACAGCACACAGCCCCUACUGGUCCGCAGGAACGUCCAGCUGGUCUCCAGCGCCGCCAGGGUGAUCGUGGUGCUGGCCAACAGCCAGGACUCGCUCUCCAUCCUGCUGGAGGCGGGCCAGCAGGGCCUGAUGAACGGGGAGUAUGUGUUCUUCCUGCUUCAGCACUUUGAGGUCAGUGGCAGUGUGGACAACAUCUGGAGCGUGGCUCUGGGCAGCCAGAGCAGCCAGGCGGCCAUCAGGGCCUUCAGCAUGACCUUCGUCAUCGGCCAGAAGUCGUACAGCGGCCACGAGUACCACGACUUCUUUCAGCGGGUCCAUCGGCGGCUGAAGGAGCCUCCGUUCCUCAGCAACCUGAGCUCGGAGAGAGAUGUCAGUCCGUACGCCGCCUACCUGCACGACGCUGUUCUCCUCUACGCCCUGGGCCUCAAAGAGGUCCUCAGGGACGGGGAGAACCCUCACGACGGGCGACAGCUUCUCAAGAGAUUGAAGAAUAAAAACGGCAUCCGAUUCUAUGGAGCAUCUGGACUAGUCCACUUUGACGAGCAGGGAGAGAGGAACUUGGACUAUUCUAUAUACGAUCUACAGCACACUGACGACAGCUCUCUGUUUGUGCCCGUCCUCAAUUAUGACAGCAUCACCAAAGCUAUACAACCCACGGACCAGUACGACCAUGUGGUGUGGCCCGGAGGUACGACGCCCUCUGAUAACCCUGAGUGCGGCUUCAACAACGAGCUCUGUGAAUGGCUCGUCAACGAUGUUGCGCUGCUUGCUCUUCUGGUGACCUUUCCGGUGGUCGGCAUGGUGACGGUGCUGUGCGUGGGCAUGCUGCUUCUUCAGAAGCUGCGUCUGCAGACCCGUCUGGACGACAACCGCUGGUGGCUGAUCAAGUACAGCGACAUCGUGAUCAUCAAGGAGGCCAAAGGUCUUCAGGGCAUGUCUCUGAGCACCACGAUCAGUAAGGCCAGCAGCGGGUCCCAGUCCGGCGUCUCCUCCAACAGCUACGGCUUGAAGGACAAGCACGGCCAGGACCAGGUGUACAGCACCAUCGGACUCUACCAGAGGACAAGUACAGACACAGUAGAACAGAGGCAGGCUCAGAACUUAACUAACCGAGAGAUUGGUGUGUGGCAGGGAAACCAAGUGUCCAUCAAAUACAUGAAGAACCAGAUGCCCCCGGACGUCCACAAGCCCUCCAUCAUCAACGAGGUCAACGUGAUGAAGGAGCUGAAGCACGAGAACCUGGUGCAGUUCUUCGGCGUCUGCACCGAGCCGCCCAACGUCUGCAUUGUGAUGCAGUACUGCAGGAAAGGAAGCCUCAGGGAUGUGUUGAAGGAUUCAGACGUUGAGCUGGACCCCAUGUUUAAACUCUCAUUCGCCUACGACAUCGUGAACGGGAUGGAGUUCCUUCACAAGAGCAGCCUGAAGUCCCACGGGAACCUGAAGCCCAGCACCUGCCUGGUGGACAGCCGGCUGCAGAUCAAGCUCUCGGGCUUCGGACUCUGGGAGCUCAAACACGGCAGCAAGAGGAGAACCGUAGCUCUGGACAGUCCCCGCUACGAGGAUCUCUUCUGGAUCGCCCCGGAGCUCCUGAGGCUGGACUGCCUGCCCUUCAACGGGACGCCCAAGGGCGACGUCUUCAGCUUCGCCAUCAUCAUGAGGGAACUGGUGCUGAGCACUGAGACCGGACCGUACCACGACCUCAGCCUGCCGCCCAGAGAGAUCAUCAAGCAGCUGCGGAGCCCCCUGGCGGGGGGGCCCCUGCGCCCCUCCCUGUCCGGCCAGCCGGGGGACGAGCACCUCAACGCCCUGCUGAGGGCCUGCUGGAGCGAGAACCCCGACCAGCGCCCCCCCUUCGGCUCCAUCCGCCGCCGGCUGAAGGAGACCAGCCCUGAUAGCCAUGCGAACAUCCUGGACAACAUGGUGGAGAAGUUGGAGAAAUACGCCAACCACCUUGAGGAAGUGGUGGAAGAAAGAACCAAUCAGCUAAUAGCGGAGAAGAGCCGCGCAGACAAGCUUCUGUCCAGCAUGUUGCCACGGCUGAUCGCGGACCAGCUGAUGUCGGGGCGCUGUGUGGAGCCCCAGGGCUUCGACAUGGUGACGGUGUUCUUCUCGGACAUCGUGGGCUUCACCUCCAUGUGCUCCGUCAGCUCGGCCAUGGAGGUGGUGUCCCUGCUGAACGACCUCUACAGCCUCUUCGACGACAUCAUCAAGAUGUACGACGUCUACAAGGUGGAGACCAUCGGUGAUGCAUACAUGGUGGCCAGCGGUCUGCCCAUCAGCAACGGGAACCUGCACGCCGUGGAGAUCUCCACCAUGGCCCUCCACUUCCUGUCUGCCAUCAAGGUGUUCCGGAUCCGCCACAUGCCGAGCGAGCGGCUGGCGCUCCGCAUCGGGAUACAUUCAGGGCCGGUGGUGGCGGGCGUCGUCGGCUCCACCAUGCCGCGGUACUGUCUGUUCGGAGACACUGUCAACACGGCCUCGCGCAUGGAGAGCAACAGCGCAUCUUUAAAGAUCCACAUCUCUCAGACCACGGCUGAUAUCCUGAACCAGAUGGGAACCUUCGUUCUAGAGGAGAGAGGAGAGAUCGAGAUAAAGGGCAAAGGGACUCAGAAGACGUAUUGGCUGCUCAGCAAACAGGGGUUCAACCCCCACUUGGGCGGAGUCCCGACCGUGUCCGGCGGCUACAAUCCACUGGAUCAGAGCAAAAAGUGCCCGAGAGAUUCAGAGCGACAUAAGCAGAAGACAACGAACAAAACUCACACCACUGACGGGGAAAUGACUGCCGUUUUCAUUUGAAGGAACACUAGACACGAUAACGGAGUCCCUCCAGCUGAAAUCCGUACAUCAGACCGAACAGACCGGCCAGCACCACCGACACCAGACCGACGGAGGCCUCUGCAUGGGGAACACAAGCUCACAUUACCCCCAUCGCAUCAUGUUGAUAUGUUUACACAAACGCUCUGUAAGAAGGAAUAUAAAAAUGAAUUCUAUUCAAUGUCAUGAGCCAACAUUGACAUAUUGCUUGAUUGGUUCACCUGUUGUGGGGGCCUUGCUGGCGGUCCGGGGGGCUGUGGGGAAGACCGGAGUGUGAGAGGACAUUCAUACUGAUAUCUCCGUGAGGAGGUGAUGGAGCGUUCCAGGGACACAGUGUGAGUACCUCUUAUCUGGAACUCUGUGCUAAGAACCCCCCCACUGGGUUCCGCCUCCGAUCGCAGGGUUCUGGAUGAGCAGGGACUCUGGAAAACAGGAGAAAGACAUCCCGUUGUACAGGAACGUCAGAACGUUCAAAUCAAGCCUGGAUGUAAACUAUAGCAGGGUUAGGUUAGGGGUAUGGCUAUCCUAGUGUUAGUCUUUCAAUAUAAUAUUAACACUUAAUUCAGGAUUAGAGAGGCUAAUCUAAACAUCGGCAGAUUUAUUUUUCCGUAGAAAGUCUAUUUUUUAAUCCUUCCAAGUCUAUAUGGGUGUAUACUCUAUAAGGCUAUGCAUGUCUAUAGGUCUCUAUGCAUGUAUAGCCUACUCUAUAGGUCUCUAUGCAUGUAUACUCUAUAGGUCUCUAUGCAUGUAUACUCGAUAAGGCUAUAUGUAUUUAUACUCGAUAAGGCGAUAUGUAUUUAUACUCGAUAAGGCGAUAUGUAUUUAUACUCGAUAAGGCUAUAUGUAUUUAUACUCGAUAAGGCUAUAUGUAUUUAUACUCGAUAAGGCUAUAUGUAUUUUUCGAUAAGGCUAUAUGCGUUUAGUGUAUGCAACACGUGAACCUCCUAAGAUGGCGCAAUAUAUAAUAAAAUAAAUCAAUUCGAUUGGUUCGCUAUCUCGGGAUAUUGGGCAAUAUCCCGAGAUUGAGAUCUCAAAAUCGGGAUAUUGUUUUCAGCACGAGUGACGGUCGUCUCGUCACGCUAAUAAAAACAAAUAAAUCCCUUAAAAAGUG